CCUCAACGCACCACCCAUCUCCUCACUCGCCCAUAUCUCAUCCACACCUACCCCAGGGCUCUCUGUAGAACGCGUAGCAGCAGCAGUUCUCACCUCAUAUGGAGUUCAUUUUUGCAGAGUGAGGAACAGGGAUUUCACCCGUUCAUGGAUCACUACCUCCGAUCAUGGUUACAUUCAGACAGGCUCGUCACACCGACGACGAACCGGACUCCACAUCGAAGUGUCCGCAUCGUUGGUAUCAGAUUACACUGGCAUACAAAAGACGCCCAUCUCAUUCACAUAGUAAGACCAGUCCAGUUCCGAUCGUUCUUGCACAAGAACCCAAGCAAGAUAUUUGGAUCGAUUCCCGUGCGUCUUUCUAAGCCUGACAAAUGAACUGGCAUGACUAUAAUAGUAGCUUUACGGGAGGUGUAUAACUUAAUCGGCAGCGGUGUAUAACAUGGGAAACGACACAAGUGAUCGGGCGCUCUGCAGGCAAAACGAGAAUAUGGUUUGGAUUUUCGUUGUGGUAGCUACAAGUCAGAUUUCAAGGACAUAGAUAGAUAUGAGCAAUCAAGUCUGGCCAAGCUGUACAUAGAAAAUAGUGUUCUUUAUAUCCCACGAACAAGGUCAAUUCCGGAAACCAGGUCUGUCCACGUCCUCUGCUGCUACCAAGGCUCACCAUCUGAGUCUUGUUCCGUUCCAUCCCCCUCUUCGUCUUGACUGCUGUCUUCUUCGAUCUCCUCGAUGCCGCUGUACCUAUCAUAUGCUACAUACAAUCAGUACAAAGACAUGCUCUGAA